AUGGCUGAACGACCGCGAUUCGACGUGCCAGACGGCAAAGCCGCCAAAGUCAGCAUCAUCGACUCCAGCUUGAGACUGUCGGGCAUGCCACUCACUCAUCUCAUGAAACCGGCGAUGGAAGGACUCGAUGCGAUGCCAACACUGACAACAUGGUCGUUCCUUGUUGAAAGUCCUUCAGGGAAGAAAGCACUCUUUGAUCUGGGCGUUCCGAAGGAGCCGUUGAAGAAUUCCUCGCCAAAGUAUGCUGAUACGAUAAGAAAAAACUCAAACUGGGACGUGCAUGUUUCGAAGAAUGUUGCAGAUAUUCUUGCUGAGAACAACGUACAGCCGUCGGAGAUUGACAGUGUGAUAUGGAGCCACCACCACUUUGAUCACAUUGGUGAUAUAACAACCUUUCCUGGGUCGACAGAGCUCAUCGUUGGACCGGGAUUUAAGAAAGCCUUUUUACCUGGCUACCCCGCUGACCCAGACUCUCCCGUACGUGAAGCAGAUUUUGAGGGCAGAGCGCUGAGAGAGAUUGACUUUGAACACCAACCCCUUCAGAUCGGCCCAUUUCGUGCCUUUGACUUCUUCGGCGAUGGUUCAUUCUAUCUUCUUGAUACGCCAGGCCAUGACAUUGGUCAUUUGGCAGGUCUUGCUCGUACAACUAUCAGCCCUGAUACCUUCAUCUUCAUGGGAGGCGAUCUAUGCCACCAUGGAGGCGAGUUGCGUCCAUCGAAGUACCUGCCAUACCCAUCAAAUCUCUCAGAGCAUCUAUCACUCUCAGAUUCCCUCCGUCUUCAUCUGUCCCAAUGCCCCGGUAGUGCUUUCGGCGACAUGAAUGUCGAGCGUGGGCGGGCCGCUGGUGAAACAUUCUUUGAUCCAGCAAUUGGGUUUGAUAAGGAACUAGCGAUAAACACGAUUAAAGAGGCUCAGAAAGCAGAUGCACAAGACAAUGUCUUCUUUGUGUUUGCCCAUGAUACAACUAUGUUUGGUGUUAUCGAUAUGUUCCCUAAGCAAGCGAAUGAUUGGAAGAAAAAGGGCUGGAAGGAGAAGACGUUCUGGAAGUUUUUGAACAAUUUUGCAGCUGCGCUGAAGCUUUAG